AAAGUAAUCUUGAUGACUAUGAAGGGGCUUUAUUUGAUAAUGCUUUUAAUGACUUAUAUCAUCCACAAUCUAUUGAGUGGCCUAACGAUGCAUAUCGCGAAUUUAUGGAAAUAAUUAAUACAUAUCAACUUUCAAAUUCAGCAG